UAGUGACCUGCAGUAUCGAGGAUUAUUCGCUGUCGCUAUUGUCAUCAGAGGCACAACGGGAUAUAUCCGAAAUGAGAAUGUGACACCCUAAAUGCUACUGAUCACCAACGAUAAAUAUGUUUCACUCAGACUAUGGAGACUCCUGCUUCAGCGUCACCAUCUGCUUUGCAUCGCUGUCAGGGCGUUGUAGCCCGGGUCCCGGUGCUGGUCGUCUAAAUUAAAACCCUUACCUCCAACUUCCUACCCCGUACCCCACCCUACUGCGCCUGCCCCCCCCCCCCUCGAACCCCUGGCACCGAGAGAAUGGACAGCCCCCCCAAACUAUCGGGGGAGACCCUCAUCGUGCACCACAUCCCCCUGGUGCACUGCCAGGUCCCCGGGCGCCAGUGCUGUAGCUCUGUCAAACGCGCCAACCCCUUCUGCUCGCCGGACAACCUGGGGCUGACUCGCACCACCUCCCUGCCCGAGCGGGACGUCCUACACCGAGAGGCACUGGUCUACAGCAGCCUGAUCCAGACCUCCACCAGCAGUUGCUCCAGCGGGGGCGGAGGAGGAGGAGUAGGAGGAGGGAUGGGAGAAGGAGGUGGGCGUCGGGGCGGGAGCGUGGUCAGCGACUCCUCCUCCUUCACCUCCAACAACUCAGAGGAGCCGCCCCUCCCGGUCAGGCCCAAGCCCCGGGACAAGAGCAACCCGCUGCGACACAACCCCUUCCUCCUGAACGUGGACGACGACGAUGACGAGGAGGACGGCGACGACGACGGGGACAACCUGAACGGGUACCUGGAGGACUCCUCGUUCCUCCUGCACGGCAACUCCAACGGCGACAUCGACAACGGGACGGGGGUGUCCCCGUUCCACCUGCACGACAUGGAGUACCCCCCGGAGCCCUUCCUGCUGCACGGUGGCCUCGGCAAGGGCUGGUGCACCAUGGGCGGCCACAUGGGGGCGGCGGAGGCGCACGAGGGGGGCCGGGUCGGAGCCAUCAAGGCCGCCACCCGGCUGGAAGGCCUGGACCUGUCCGGGUUCGAGUGCCAGCGUCGCCAUGGGAGCAGCGGCUCCACCCUGUCCAUGGACUGUGGGGAGCAGGAAUGGGGCGAGGAAGACGAGGAUGAAGCCCCGCCGAGGAGCGGCCGGCGCAGCCAGGCCUGCAGCUGCAGCUCCAGCUCGGACUUCGCCCCGCUGCCCUCCCAGCGCUGCUGCUGCUGCUGCAGCCUCCCCGAGCCCUUCCCCGAGGGCCAGCCGGGCUACGCCAGCGACUCCUCCUGCAACAGCUCCGACGGCGUGCUGGUCAACUUCAGCGCCAUCUACAACAAGAUGAACAACGGCGUGCCCGCCAAGCCCCUCAACCUCAACAGCUCCGCCGAGCAGUCCUGCACUUCCUCCUCCUCCGAGCCAGGGGGCGCGUUUUACCUGGACCUCCAAACCUCCCCCACCGAGCUGAGGUGCGCCAUGGGGGGCGGAGCCGUGGCCGGACCCUCCCAGGACUCGGCCCACUCCGCCUCCUGCAGCUGCCGGUCACCUGAGGCCCUGGAUGCCAACUGCAACUCGUACCACCUGCCCUGCGACGGGCUGUCGGCGGAGGCCUCAGACCUGACCGCCUGCUUCCAGAGCCAGGCCAGGCUGGUGGUGGCCACGCAGAACUACUACAAGCUGGUGACGUGCGACCUGUCCUCUCAGUCCUCGCCUAGUCCUGCUGGCUCCUCCAUCACCAGCUGCUCCGAGGAGCACAACAGGGGCAGUCCCACCCAGCCAACAGAGUACUACCUUUUCAGACGGCCAGAGGACGAGGAGGGGGAAGCGGCCGAGGAGGAGGAGUCACGGCAGGAGGAGGAUGAGGAUGAGAAGAGGAGGGAGGAGGGGGGUGCCGACAGCUCCCACAAAAUGAUAGAGGGGCAGCUGUACGUCAACGUCUCCCCCCCGGUGGGCAGCAGGAACGGGUGCGGUGUGGGCGGGUCGGGGGGCCGCCCUCGUUCCCGCAGCUACGACCGCAACCUGGACAAGUCCCCCUCCCCCCGCCUGGGCUCCCUGGAGCGCAUGCUCAGCUGCCCUGUCCGUCUCAGCGAGAGCUCCGCCCCUUCCCCGCCCCGCGUCACCUCCUUCGCUGAGAUCGCCCGCAGCAAGAGGAGGACCGGGAGUGGGGCGGCCGGGGGUGGUGCUGGGGGCGGAGCCGGCGGAGGAGGAUCCCCCUCCCUCAGGACCAGCGCCGAGGCCACAUCCACCUCCUCCCACUCCCAGUCCUCCCAGGAGUUCUCCCCCAUCCCCGAGGUGUCCCGCCUGGGCCAGAGCAGCAGCCUGCCCCCUUUGCCGUUCGCCCGCUACUACAGCCAGGGCAGCGGGGACACGCCCACGCACUCACACCUGCGCUCCCCGGGCGGGGGCGGGGCCGGGGCCGGGGCCGGUCGAGAAGCACGCACCAGAGCUGAAGGCGGGUCGUCAUCGUCGGUGGACAUGGUCCGCUACAGCAAGGACCAGCGGCCCACCACCCUGCCCAUCCAGCCCUUCACCUUCCAGCACCAGCUGGGGAAAUCUCAGAGCAAGCUCCUGCGGCCGCUGCUGAGCGACUACGUCAGCCAGAUGUACAGCCGGCCCAGCGGGCAGCCGGCCCCUGAGGGCGGAGAGGACCCCGCGGAGGAGCCCCGGCUCAGACGGGCCCCUGACUCCGUCCGCCCCUCCCCACUGGGCAGCUACUCCCCGGUCCGCCUACAGGGGGCGCCGAGCUCUGGCACCUGCUCCACCUGUACUCCCAGUCCCGAGCAGAGCCACCACGGCCAGCCGCCCAUACGUAGCCUCUCCUGCCCCCUCUCGGCUGGCCUCCUGCCGGUGCGGGCCUCCCCCGGGCCUUCGCUCCUCCUCCAGCAGCCCAGCCCAACCCAGGAGUCCCGCCCCAAGCAGGUCAUCCUUCCACCGACCCCGCCCCCACCGCCCGUUAGGAAGGAGCUGCCGCCACCUCCCACCAUCCUCCCGACCUUGCCCGCCCACUGCGUCCACCGCAACUCCUUACCUGCCCUGCCCACUGCCAGCUUUAGCCCCCUGGGGCACCUGGAGCCCGCCCAGUGCUGUGGGAGCAGCGAAGGGGUCAAAGCCGCCAUGGUCGGCGGCGCAGGAUCCCGGGCGCUUAAUGCAAACCAUCUCUCCCCGCAGGCGCUGAAAUGGCGGGAGUACCGCCGGAAGAAUCCCCUGGGAGUGGAGAGGCCCAGCGGGGGCUCCUGUGCACCCCUGGCCGGUAGCCUGGACACCAGGAGGGGCGAGGGCAGACAGGCCCGCCGAAACGUCUUUGAUUUCCCAGCAUCCUCCAGCCACGCCCAUGCCCGGCUGAACGGCCAGCCCGCGAAACAGCCGCAGAACUACUACAGCGACUUCUUCCCUGACUACUUCUCUCUGACCGAAAAGCCACCGGAGGAGUUCUGUCUCUCGCCCGAUGCCACUUCCGAGUCCAUUUCCAUCGACUUGCUGCAGAAGAGAGGUCUGGUGAAAGCCAUCAACACGGCGGUGGAUUUGAUUGUGGCGCAUUUUGGCACUAGCCGGGACGCUGGAGUGAAGGCCAAGCUGGGAAACAGCUCUGUCAGCCCAAACAUUGGGCACUUGAUCCUUAAAUACCUGUGCCCCGCCAUCCGGGACAUUCUGCAGGAUGGCCUUCGGGCCUACAUCCUGGACCUGAUCAUCGGACAGCGCCGGAACCAGCCUUGGAGCGUGGUGGAGGCUUCCACACAACUGGGCCCGUCCACUCGAGUGCUCCACAGCCUGUUCUCCAAGGUGAGCCAGUAUUCAGAGCUCACCAACCACGGCAUGAGGCUCAAUGCCUUCGUCUUCGGCCUACUCAACUUACGAUCUUUAGAGUUCUGGUUCAAUCAUCUAUACACUCACGAAGACAUCGUGGCGGCCCACUACCACCCGUGGGGCUUCCUGCCGCUGUCCCAGGGCGUGUGCCAGCCGCUGUUCGAGGAGCUGCUCCUGCUGCUGCAACCCCUUUCGCUGCUGCCCUUUGACCUGGACCUGCUGUUCGAGCCCCGGCUGGUGCAGAAGGGCCAGGAGCACCUGCGGCGCAAGGAGCAGCUGUGCUCCGCCGGGCAGGGGCUGGAGCACUCCGUCCGCUCCACCUUCCAGCUCAUGAGAGGGUGGGGGGCGGUGGGGACGGAGGCCAAAAGAGAAGGGGCGGAGGCGAGAACAGAGGGGGCGGGGUGUAAGAAAGAGAGGACGGACCCGAAGCAAGAGGGGUCGUGGCCAAAGAGGGAAGUGGUAGAGUGCAGGAGAGGUGGGAUGGGUCAGUGGAGAGAAGGGGCGGGGCUCUGGAAAGAGGGGGUGGGCAGUGAGGGGAAGGGGGUGGGGCCAAAGGCGACAGAGCUGGGGAGGGAAGGAGAAUGGAAGUUGACAGAGGCAGGAAAGACGGGGGCAGAGGUUUUGAGAGACAGUGGUGUUGGAGCAGGAAGGGGUGUACUGAGGUUGAAGGGAGUCGGCGGGGAGUCCAGGUGUGAGCAGGACGAAAGCGAGAGGGACAGGGAGAGGAGGAGGGAGAGAGGCGAACCCCUGCCGAUGGAGGGAGUGAGGCAGAGGGACAGGCAGGCGGGGUGGUGGUACCAGCUCAUGCAGAGCUCCCAGGUGUACAUCGACAACUCAGCCGAGGGGUCCAAGUUUGUCAAGUGGGAGAAGAGGAAGAAAGCCGCAGGGGAGGUCCCGGCUGGACGGGGGACCGACAACGGAGCGGCGCGCCGGCAGAGCCAGCCUCCUCCGAGAGAGGGAGUGGUGGAGGGGGCAGAGGCCAGCGAGGAAGGGGAGGGACUGAAAGAGGUGGGAACGGAGUCCGGCAAGAGUGCCAAAGGAAGGCCGUCCUGGAUGGGCAGCCCUCCAGAGUCGGUGGUGAGUGAGCUGAAGAGGAGCAAAGAGAAGGAGCCGGAAACACAGGGAACCCCAGCCGAGGCACAAGAGGAACCAACGCAGGCGCUGCGGUGGGGCAGGCUGUUCGGAGCCGGAGUUGGGUCCCCCAUCCGGACCCAGAGGGCAGAACAGCGCCUCGCCCGAUCUCAAAGGAGCAGGUUGCCAUCGGGAUGGCUGAGUCUGGACAGAUCAAUGCUGGACCUGGUGGCGCAGACAGUGGGGGCAGGGAAACGUUCAGACUCCACUGCGGCUCCUCACAGCCAGGCUCUGCCCCCAGCACAGCAAUCACAAGCACAGGCCGCCCAGCAACAAGCGCCACGGGAGGUUCGAGCCCUAUGCCACCACAUUGCCAUGCAGCCUGGGCAGCUGAGCUUCAACAAGGGAGACGUGCUGCGUGUCCUAAACCGUGCUGAGCCCGACUGGCUCCACUGCGCCCUGGGGGACAGGACUGGCCUGGUGCCCAUAAUCUACGUCACUCUGACUGAGGAGUCACAGGGGUCCCAGGGGCCACUCUGAGGCCAGGCUGGGGCCAGUAAGCGCACUCCCCCCUAGUACCGAAUACCUAUAGACCUCCCCAAACACUGAACUGUGAAGCAACUGGAAAUACUAUGCCAUGUAGAUAGAUCAUGCCCUCAAGCGCUGGCCUGGGAUCAGUUUUGGAUUUUUGCACAAAAUAGAUGGGGUUUCGAUAAGGGAUGGGUAAGCUGACCCUGGGUCAGCACUUGUGCAUAACCAGAGCAAAUGCUGCACGCAUACACACACACACACACAUACACACACACACACACACACACACACACACACA